AGCAAAUCAAUCAACCAACCAACCAAUCCCUCCACCAGAAUCAAUAACCUCAAUCUACCUUACACUUGCAGAAUAUAAUUAUUUUAGAUACUUCUCCUCUCAACAUCCGCACUUCUAAUCGACCUCGAAACCUUAACCAACACACCACCAUGCCGAAACGAAAACUCUCCGAUCGCGACUCCGCACCCGCCCACAGCCUACAGACGAUCCGACUCAGCCAGAAAUUCGACCAAGGCGUGCAGUUGCUAACUCGAGCACUCAAGACGGCCCGCGGAUUCGAAAGGCAGAAACUCGGCCGACGAGAGAAGACGGCCAAGAGCCAGGGCGGAGAUGAGACGCUGAAGCGACUAGCGGAGGAGGUGCAGGUGUUGAAGAGCCUCGACCCGCCCAUCGUCGCGACCAAAUAUCUCCUCAAGCAGAUGCUCAAGACGAAGCGCAUCGCCGAAACCACCGCAUUCACGGAAUUCCACGCAUACAAGAGCAAGAAGGUCUCGACGGAGGGGCCCAAAUCACCAGCCGAGGCGAACGUCAUGGCGCGAUUGUAUAAAUCCAACCCGGUCAAAAAUGUCUAUCCGGAUAUCAUGACGGGGAUUCGCGAGUUGCUGGGCCUGAAGGAUGCGCCUGCCGGGAAGAAGGACGGCAAGGGGAAAGAGAAGGGCGAUGCGAAGGCUUCCAAGGAGCGGAGUGCGAAGUCGAAAUCGACACCGGAAUCAGCGCAGGAUGAAGUUUCGGGCGACGAGAGCGGGGAGGAGGCGGGUUCUGCGCUGCGCGCGAAGCUGCUUACAUCGAGGAAGGGCGGCGAUGACGAUGCCGAUAGUGAUCAGGAGAUGAGCGAGGCGGAGAGCGACGACUUUGCUCAGUUCGAUUCGCGACUUGCGCCGGACUCUGGGGAUGAGGACGACGGAGGAGAGCAGUCUGCGAGCGACGAUGGUUCGGAAGGCGGGAUCGACCUGUCUACCGCGAAACUCCCCUCGGACAUGUCCAUCUCUCGAUCUCCCUCACCGGAUUCUCCGCCGGCGAAAAAGCAGAAGGCCAAGAAGGCCGCGGCCGCCCCUAUCACCAGCACAACUUUCCUGCCCUCCCUCAGCAUGGGUGGAUACUUUUCCGGCUCCGAGUCUGAAGCCGAAGAUGUCGAAGACGCCGCUCCGCGUCGCAAGAACCGAAUGGGCCAGCAGGCACGUCGCGCCCUGUGGGAGAAGAAGUUCGGUUCCGGUGCCAAUCACGUCAAGAACCAGAAGGAUAAUAAGCGGAAUAAUCGCGACAGUGGCUGGGAUGUUCGGCGAGGUGCUACGGACGGCAGAGAAGGCCCGCGGGGAAGACGCGGCCAGGGACGAGGAGGCGCGAUGGGUGCGACGGGCGCCAAUGCAUUGCCUCGCCAGGGUGAUCGUUCGCAACGCGGUGGUGCGCCGGCGAGCAAACCGGAGGAUAACAAGCCCUUGCAUCCCUCGUGGGAGGCGGCGAAGAAGGCCAAGGAGCAGAAGACUGCUUCCUUCUCGGGUAAAAAGGUUGUGUUUGAUUAAUAGGACUGGCAUAGCAUAUUCAAACUACUCUGAUGUGAACUGUAUACCUACGAGCGAACUACAUGACAGCGUUGGGAACCCAAGGCAUCGGGCAAUAGACUGUAUAGGU